AUGGAGAAUUUGAAGAUGUUACCUAGGUUAACUGAUAACCAUGUCAUACCUCAAAAAAUCUCAAAAAUGAAGGUGAAGUGUGCAGCCCAAGUUUUUAGCCAGCGAGUAUCUUCACUAAUGGCAUUCUUAGCUUCUCAAAAAAUAAUUGAUGUCGAUGCUCGAGGUACUGCAAAUCUUUGUUUAUUUUUUGACCAGUUGUUUGAUUCUGUGAAUGGUUCUUAUAGCAAAAUAGUUGAUGGUAAAAAAUACAGAACAGCAAUUACAAUGAAAUCUAAUCAUUUUGAUCUGUGGGAAAAAUCAUUACCAGUAUUACACUCUAUGGUAUUUAUUGAUUCAAAAUCUCAAAAACGUCAAAGACCUCCCACUGUGAAAAAUUGGGAAAAAACAAUUAGAGGUUUAAAAGCAAUAUUUAAAUUCCUACAUAGUAAGGGCAUUAAGUCUGUCUUACCUCAGAACCUAAAUCAAGAUUCACUUGAAAAUUUCUUUGGUUCUUCUCAGUAUGGGAUGUAG